AAUAAGUCGCAGGUGGAAGAAGCGCACUUGGUUGUUUCUUUGUCUUUGACAGUUGGAUUUACCGAAACAGAGUUGGUAGUUUUGUGAUGAGUAAUUUGCUUUCAAGGUAGAAUUUAGGACAGAACAAAUUAUUUUCUUGUAGAUUUCAUAAAUUCAGAUUCAAAAAUGGAGGAUGUGUUGGAAGAAGUUGUUUCUUCUGAAGAUUUAAAGAAAUUUGAACGAGUAUACCAUGAGCAAUUACGUUCAUCAUUUGUAACCCAGAAGGCACAGUUUGAAUAUGCCUGGUGUCUUGUCAGAAGUAAAUACCCUGCAGACAUUCGAAAAGGAAUAAUUCUAUUGGAAGAUUUAUAUUGCAAUCAUGAUGAUAGCAAUAAACGAGACUGUCUUUACUAUUUAGCAAUUGGAAAUGCUAGAAUAAAGGUUGAACCCCAAAAUCGACAAGUACAACACUUAGAAACACUGAUCAAGAAGAAAAUGGAAAAAGAGGGUCUGUAUGGUAUGGCCAUUGCAGGAGGAGUUAUUAUUGGUGUUGCAAGUAUCCUAGGUCUCAGCUUCGCGAUGGUAAAAAAAAAUUAAUUAACGCCUGGGUCAAGAACUUUGUGAUUACUGUGUGAUGUGGAAUAGUUGCUUUGUACAUGAUGUUAAUCCAAAGAAAGAUUUUACAAAAAAAAAACAAAAAAAAAAAUGAAUAGUCAUGUAGAACUUACAUUUUUACACAAAGAACAAACAUCGUGUAUUAUUUUUUUAGAUUUUCUUCAAAUUUAUUGUAAUAGUGUAUUAUAAAUUGUUUUUUUCUCAGUUCAAGAAUAAUAUAUAUAUAUAUAUAUAAGGAAAAUGACAUUCCGUAGUGUUUUGAUUACGUAAUUAUAAGCAGCAAGGGAACACAUGAAGUUUGCUUAUACCAAAGUAAUAUAUAGCUUUUGUACAUACAAAUAUUGUAUUCUAUUUAUAUGUAUUGUUACUUAAAUCUCUGGUGAAAUAAAUGUUUUGUGUUAUA